AUGACCCUCAAGCUCAAGCCCAGUCCCUCCCCACCCGCGUCGCCCUUCUCAUGGGAUCUCGCGCCCGGCACGCCUCCACCACCACACACUGAACGGCCGCCGUCGCCACCCACGUCGUGGCUGUCCGCGCGCGAUAUGAAGACGUUCGGCGCGGAACCACUGGUCCUCGAAAUAGGCAUCGUCAAGUGCAAGGACUGUCUCAAGCCUGUCUUGCGGAGCGCCAUCGCAGACCAUGCAGAUAACUGCGUGAAGAUCCGGAGCGGUGGAAAGAAGAAUGGGACGAAGGGCAAGGCAGCCGAGGUCGAGGAGAAGAAGGGGAAGAAGCGCAAAGCAGAGGACGAGGUUCCCAACGCCGAUGACCCUGCCACUGCUCCGAAGACGAAGAAGCAGGCUCGCACGCGCGUGAAGGGCCCCGUCGACUUCGACAAGCAGUGCGGUGUCAUCAACGACAAGGGUCUCCCAUGUUCUCGCUCUCUCACCUGCAAGUCGCAUUCGAUGGGCGCGAAGCGCUCCGUACAGGGUCGCUCCAAAAACUACGACGAGCUCCUCCUCGACUGGAAUCGCGCGAACAACCCGAACUGGGUCGAACCCGUCAAGAAGGAGACCAAGGCAGAGAGGAAGGAGCGCAAGGAGAAGGAGAAGGCCGAGAAGAAGAGGCUCGCGAUGGAGGCUGCUGCGGCCGCUGGGGUCGACAAGAAGAGUGCUGCUACUGCCGCAGGAGGGACGGUGAAGAAGGGAAAGAAGCCAUCCACGACCGCCGCCGCCGCCGCUGCCGCAGUGUCCAUUGCAGCUCACGUCGGUCCCACAGACGACGUGUACGAGAACCCUGACGAUGUCGACUCCGAGGCGGAACUCGACUCGCUUAUUCGAGCGGUUCGAGUCUCGCAUGACAGGGCCAUCAUCGGUACCCCUUUGGCCGUACCCUGUGAUACGAGUUCAUGGUUCGUGGGUCGGCGGGAAAGACUACGGACUUGUAACCAGCUUCUUGCGAAUGCCCUCAUGCCUACUCGAAAUGCGUCAGUAUCUGUCGGAGGGAGGCUGGCCUGA